UAUUAUUUAUUCCCAAGGCUUUAAAAACUUUUUUUGUAUUUAUUUUGUCAAAUUAAAACUAGUAUGUAAUACUAAAAUUAAUGGAAAAGAAAAUGGCUCUGGAACUCAAGUUCUUUGGCCUGUUCAAAAACUUAAAAUUUGUUGUCGUCCGAAACUUAGAAUUAGAAUUUAGCUGCCCACUGUGUCAAUCAGCUGUUACGGAGGUCAGCUGGUUUUGUUUGGAUUCAAAUCGUGGACAGGUUACAUUAAAAACGCAAAAGUUUAAAUAAAAAUUUGAAAUUAAAUAAAGCCAAGAUGCUACGUUCUUUGUUGGGAGCACAAAAGUGCUGGGGAUUAAUCCACAGCAGAAAUUCUAUGAAGGUGGCUAACAAACAUGCGCCAGCUUCCUUUGCGGUAUGCAAGCGACACUUCUCACCGCCCACUCACAUUAAGCAAUCGGCGGUGGCCAAUGAAUCCGGAACUAUGGCUGAGAUCAAGCAGGAGAUGAUGAAACGACUGGGCCUGGAACCGGGUUAUAAUCCCUUGCCCAAAUCCAGGGAGCAGCUGCUGAAGUACCAGCCAAAGUUAGAGGAUCUAUCGCCACGAGCCAUGCAGGAUUCCUUUACUUCGGCCAUUAUUCCUUUGAGCACGGAUCGCACUUUGCAGGACAAAUAUGUAACCUAUUUGGGCAGCGUGCGAUUUGGCAGGUUGCUGGAGGAUAUGGACAUGUUUGCAGCUUGGUGCUGUCAUAAGCACUUAAAAUUACCCAAUCUGCCGGAGGGAGUUCACCUCCCCUACACCUUUGUCACCAUUCUCGUGGACCGAAUCGAUUUUACAAACGUUCUGGCAUCAGGCACCCAAGACAUCCGCCUAUCCGGUCACGUCUCCUGGGUGGGCACCAGUUCCAUCGAGGUGGUGGUGUGGCUGGAGCAGAUGGUGGCUGGACGAUACCAAAAGCUCACCCGUGCUUUGUUCCUAAUGGCGGCCAGGAACGCCACUAAUACGGGAGCAGCUCCUGUGAAUCCUAUACAACCAGCUAAUGAGGAGGAGAAGUUAAUAUGGGCUGGCGGCGCGGAUAGAAAGAAAACACGCCAGAUUCUCUGCGCACAGUCCGUUUUUAAGGUGGAACCCAAUGAUCCCGAGCAAACGCUCAUGUACGAGCUGUACAAGAGGACGACCCCGCGCAACACCUUGGAGUUGAAUAAGCGCAUCCUUCCGCCCAACUGUCGCUGGAUGGAGGACUCCUUUCAGAUGAGCACGAUUCCCUCAUUUCCGGAACACAGGAAUCACCACAACCGGGUCUUCGGAGGCUUCCUCAUGCGAAGUGCCCUGGAAAUUAGCUGGGCAGCAGCAUUCCUCUACUGCAAAACGCGGCCAAAACUGGAGCACAUCUCGGACAUAAGUUUCGAGAAGCCCGUGAGCGUGGAUAGCUUUAUUAAGAUGACCGCCUAUGUGGUUUACACCAAACUCAACUACGUGCAGAUAAUGACCGUAGCCGAUGUACUGGAUACUCAGACUGGCAGUCAGGUGACCACCAACACGUUCUACUACACUUUCUCGGCUCCAGACACAGUCACUGAGGUUCUACCGCGCUCCUACCACGAAACCAUGUGGUACAUCCAAGGACGUCGGAAGUUCGAGGCCAGCAUGGGUUUGAAUUAGACGCAGGACUGCUACUGAAAGUUUUUCCCAAUGAUAUUAUGCCAGGCUACUCAACCAGAUAAAUAAUAAUACCCGUUCUGUGUUUAUAAAAAGCAAUAAAUGUGUAUUGUUGUACUAACA